UAACUCUUUCGUGGACUGCCGUCCAAAGGAGCCCCCCUCUGUUGCCCACCCUCACCAGCACGCCGCCCGCUCUGACCCGGACUGCAGUGUCCAAAAUAACUGUGGUUCCGUGCCAAACACAGCCAUACCCGGGACAAUGAACCAGCACCAGCAGUUGCAGCCGCAAGAAGCAAUGGCUCAGCCUCGAUACCAAUACCACCAGGGAAUACUGAACUGGGACGUGCCACAUUUGAGCCCGGUCCGGGUGCCGCAGGUCAGUGCGUGCCCUUACAGCGCGUCAAACAGAAAAGACAACUCCUCCUAUUUGCUUCUGGAACCGGACAACCACUCAAAACCGUCACCGGACGUGUCUGCCUUCACCAGACUAAUGUCAGAGAUGGGCUCCAUGACGGGCGGUUCUGGUCCAAUUCAGGGCUACUUCCGCCCGGAGCAGUCAUACUCGGGGAUCAAAGUCCAGGAGUACAACAACAGCGUGCACAGCUUGCCCACGACCAAUCCACCGCGCUCUCCCCAGACAGACUCGCGCCAUUUGUGCAACUUGAGCUUCCCGGUGCUGCCAUAUCCAGACUCUGACUUCAAGCGCGUUAUUGAUGACUUAGCGCUGGGCAGCAGUGAGUGUCAAGCCCAGAGAAGCGAUAGCAGCAGCAUCACCCUGGCCAGUCAGACCAACACGGAAGACUUAGUCAUAGGUUUACGGCGAGACAAGCCCUCAUCAGUCUUACCCGAGGGCGAUAAAAGUCCCAGACAGGAGACGCAAGAGGACGCAACAUUCGAAAAGGAUGCGUGCUGUGGAUGGCUGUGGGCGAAGGCGGGGAGGAAGAAGCGCUGUCCUUACACCAAAUACCAAACCCUGGAGCUGGAAAAGGAGUUCCUCUUCAACAUGUAUUUGACUCGCGAUCGCCGCCUGGAGAUCGCUCGCAGUGUCAACCUCACUGACCGUCAAGUCAAAAUCUGGUUCCAGAACCGCCGCAUGAAGAUGAAGAAGAUGACACGGGAACACAGAACCAGGGACACGGUCACACAUUUCCCCAUCUGAUUCCCCACAAACAUGGUGUGCAGAGACAGGCCUACAUGGACAUGACUGAGUGCAGGAGCAUGGGAUGAUGCAAAGUCAACAAUAGGAUGGACCAUAUACUGAAGGAUGUGGAGAUAGUGGUUCUGAUCUGAAGGAUGGGCUGGAUGAAAGUGCAAGGAUGGGCUGGAUGAAAGUGCAAGGAUGGGCUGGAUGAAAGUGCCAUCUAUGUCCUAUACACUUUGCAUGAGGAUAUGGUGGCUCUUACCGGUUACACUUGAGUUUUUCCAUGAUGGAGAAAUGUCGGGAAACUUUUUCUUUCUCCAUACCCCUGUCCCACAACACCCUUCAUAAAAGCACUUUAUUUGAUCACUAUUUAAACAACUGUCUUGUCGUUGUUUCUUGAUGGCUCAAUAGAAUGAUUGCAACGUUGCUUAAUUGGUCUUUUUGCCAGACAUAGGCUACCGUCUUGAAUCGAAAACUAUUGUUUACAGUUCAUGCUAGGCUAUGGGAAGCCAAUUUAAAAGGAUUACUUUAUUUAUGACGUGAGCACUAUUUUAUUUAUUUUCGGACGCAAUUGCAUUUGUAAUAGCUGAAAAAUGUGCACCAAUAAGCACAAUAUUUUGAACUUCAAUUUUGUAAAAUAGUAAGGAUUUAAAACAUUAUUUCUUGUCUAUACGGAGUCCUUUUUCAGCUUGACUUGAAACAAAGGAUGUGUUGAUUACAAUAAUGAAUGAUUUGAUUAUAAAAAUACAUAUUUGUUUCCUAAAUGAGAGCAUUUGAAAUAAAGGGUACGCUUUCGGUGAUAUAGGGAAACAUGCUCCUACUACGCACAUGAGCCCUUGACCUUCCAAAAGGCAAGCCUGGGAUAUAAUAUAUAUUUUUGUCUUGUAUUAUCAAUUUCUAAGCUAAUAUUUGUUUUGAUAUAGUUUCACCUAUCACUUCUGCUUGAAUAAAUAUUCCCCUGUUC